CAUUAAAGAAUAUAGUGUCGAAACGUCCUCGAAAGAGCGCGUCUACUCGUCCACGCCCGUGUGUCCCAGCGGCGUCGUCCCACACAGGGGCCGCGCACGAAACGGAUUCGACAGCAGCGACGACGGCGAUAUACACACCGUCGGACACAGACAGACGGACAGACGGACGAAAAGGAGCGAGACAGAUGGAGCGAUAGACGCUCCGCGAAAGAAAGAGACGUGACGACGUACCAACCGUGCGAUAAAGAGAAAUAUUAGGAGGAAAAGAGAAGAUACAGGCGAACCGACUGCGUGAACGCGUGUACGGUUACGAGAACGUGUACGAGUGCCGAGGUUAUACGGUCGCGACUGUGCUACGAAUCGGUAAAAGAUACUACCGAUUCCUCCUAUAUUCCUCAUGUGUCGUGAUCGUCGGGUUCGUAUUUCCGGUGACCGUGAUGUUCGCAUUGCUAGCCCCGUGUUGCUGCUAGUGGUGCUGCUCCUACUACCACUCGGGGGGAAAGAGAGAGGGAGCAUGUAUGCGUGAGGGAGCGAGAAAGGAUAGGAGAAAGAUAAGAAGGAGAGGGAGCGAAUGAAAGAGAGAUGAAACGAUAGCGGGAUCAGUUUGAUAAACGAAGAGCUCGAGUCGUGCCGGUCUAUCGCAUCUACCGUGGAGUUUGGUGGUGCAUCGGUGCAUCCGUCUUUGUCCGAUUGUCGCGUGUUUACGAGCGUUGUGUCAGCUGUGUGUCAAGAGAACGCGACGUCGCGUGAAUGUGUUAGAGAGAAGCGUGUGCAGUCACUCUGGCAACGUGUACGACUCGGCGUACACCGUACAGUGUACAGCGUAUACCACGGACUCGUCGAGGAGGUUAGGACGAAGCGUGAUCGGUGUGCCGGUGGUGGUGGGCUGCGUGCGUUUCCCCGACGGAGAGCGCGCCACGACAGAAACGUGUGCCUCUGCCUAGUGCCAGCGUGCCAGCCCGCUCGCUCACCCGCUUCUGGUGUAUGCACUCGAGUGUCGAGCGUGCAACGAGGGUGGCGCGGAGAGAGAGGGAGAGGAGGAAACGGGGGAACGGGUCUCGACGGUUCUGACGUGUUCGCGCACACGAGCGCCGCGGGCCGAGAGAGACGGACCGAUCCAUGAUAAGCGAAGAGGAACGGAGAGGGACAGCUCGUGCUCGGAGAGAGGAAGAGAACCGGAAUGGCGGAGGAUGAGCCAUUCGGAGCGAGAGGCAUACACAGGUGCACCCACGUCGCUGUCAUCCUGACCUGCCCGAGAAAUCCUCAUGAAAGACUGGGAACUCAGUACUCAGAAUAGCAUCGGCAGUGCGGUGGCUGCAGCCGACACCAUUUCCGCGCCGUGGACUCCCGCGAGUUCCGGGCCGCCGCCCGACGCGAACGGCUCCGGCUCGGAUACCAAGAACCUCGACGUUGGCGAAAUUAGCGAUGACGAGAAGGACUUAUCGGCAGCAGACGCGGAGGGUGUAUGGUCGCCGGAUAUCGAGCAGAGUUUCCAGGAAGCUCUCACUAUAUAUCCGCCAUGCGGCCGACGCAAAAUCAUCCUGUCCGACGAAGGGAAGAUGUACGGCCGCAACGAGCUGAUUGCCCGCUACAUCAAACUGAGAACAGGCAAGACGAGAACGCGAAAGCAGGUCUCUUCGCACAUACAAGUCCUUGCUAGGAGAAAACUUCGUGAAAUGCAGGCAAAACUCAAAGUGGAUCAUGCCGCCAAGGAGAAGGCGCUCCAGACAAUGUCGAGCAUGUCGAGCGCCCAGAUAGUAUCAGCUGGGAGUGCGAUACACAACAAGAUGCCCCCCGCCCUCGUGGGGCCCCUUGCCCUUCACGCUUCCACCCCUAUCUCCUAUCCCGGAGCGCAAUUUUGGCCACCGGGUCUCCAGCCAGGAACGUCGCAAGAUGUCAAGCCGUUCUCGCAACCGGCGUACACCGGGAAACCGGCGACGGCAGUCUCGAGCGGUGACAUGGUCCAGGCUCAACCACCCCCGCCCUGGGAAGGACGUGCCAUCGCAACCCACAAGCUCAGACUUGUAGAGUUCUCGGCCUACAUGGAUCAGCAGAGAGACCAAGAUAUUUACCACAAACACCUGUUCGUCCAUAUAGGAGGAUCCGCGACUUACGCGGAUCCGCUGCUGGAGGCUGUUGAUGUUAGGCAGAUAUAUGACAAAUUCCCGGAGAAAAAGGGUGGCCUAAAGGAGCUCUACGACAAGGGACCCCAGGCAGCCUUUUUCCUUGUUAAAUUCUGGGCUGAUCUCAAUACGAACAUUCAGGACGAAGCUGGAGCCUUCUACGGGGUGACAAGCCAGUACGAAGGCAACGAGAACAUGACGAUAACGUGUUCGACCAAAGUCUGCUCUUUCGGAAAACAGGUGGUGGAGAAAGUAGAAACGGAAUACGCUAGGUUCGAAAAUGGCAGGUUCGUUUAUCGCAUUAGCCGUUCACCGAUGUGCGAGUACAUGAUCAACUUCAUACACAAAUUGAAGCACCUGCCGGAAAAGUACAUGAUGAACAGCGUUCUUGAGAAUUUCACCAUUCUCCAGGUUGUUACGAACAGGGAUACGCAGGAAACGUUACUGUGCACGGCAUACGUGUUCGAGGUGUCGACGUCCGAACACGGUGCACAACAUCAUAUAUACAGAUUGAUCAAGGACUAGCCUGCUUGAACCUGCUCGCCAUGCAGCCAUCCACCCCCAUCAGUGCCUACCAUCACAUAAAAAAAUCAUCCAUACGCGCAUAUACACGAUUACACACAAGAUAUAUUAACCCUUUGAAGUGCUGUGAUUAUCGUCUACGACCACACGUUAUUUUAAGUUUUUCUCAUUCUUAUUUCGCUCAAGGUUCAUUUUAUCCACGAUACCAUUAAUAUUGUACGAUAUAAUCUCUAUCGUGUAAAUAUAACAUUUACAAACGCUGAAUAUAAUAUUUAUAUUGCAUAUUGUGAUCGCAGAAUUAGUGGUUUUAGUCAACACGCGUAUCACGAAAGCUAUCUUUUAUAAUUUCAAUUUCUUUUAUCAAGUGCUAGUAACUUAGCAUGCGGUUUGCUCGUAAAUGUACGCUUCAAAGGGUUAAGCGUGAAUACAUGAUUGUAAACACGUUCGGAUUAUAUAUAUAUAUGUAUACAUAUAUACACGUUUCACAACUACAUUUAACAGAGUUUCCGUCGAAAAUGUUCCACUGUCAAAAUAAAAAAGAAAACUGUCAGAUACUGUAGCGUCACAGAUUGUAUGUCUUUAUGUUAAACUUAGAUUCUCGUACACGCACUUAAUCUCCCCUUAGCGCACUGAGGAUUUUGAGUCACAGUCAAAGUCACGUAUACUUGGAACUUGGACUCCAACUACGAUUUAUAGAAAGAAAAUAAACAAAAUUUAGGCCUUUAUAACGGUUAAAAUACCUGCUUUAAAAGUCUACGAGUACAUCUGAACUUGUUCAGAAUUUAUACAGCACCAGAAUACUUGGAAAACUAGAUGUAAGACACACCCAGUGCGUCGACGAAGGAUUAAGCAGUACUGUCUAAAUCCAGAAUGCGUUUAUUUUAAUUGAUCUGCGUUUUAACCAGAUUACAUAUUUUAUACGAUAUUCGAGAACAUUUUCUGUGAAACUCCUUAAUGAAAAUUUGAAACUUACAUAAACACACACACGUACACGUACACGUACUCGCACAUAAACAUUCACGUACACGUUAGAAGUACUGCCCAGCCCGAGCUUGAGUUUGAUUCAAAACUGAUAAAAGUUGUAUUAAACGAUUGGUACUCGUGUUUUAAUAUAUCAUGGAAAGAAUUUCCUGUACGUACUGCAGGAAGUACGUUCCAGAUUUCGGAAUUGUAAAUUUUAUAUUGAAGCAAAUAUACUCGUAUAUAUUUUAUGAAUAUUUCGUGAAUCGCUUACAAACGAAUUGAGAUCGUCGUGAUUUUAAUACAGAGAUAUAAUAAAAGUUAAGUUGAAAAUUGACAAUAAAUUUGGUAUGAGAAUGAUGCGUCGAUAAUAGUAUAUGUACCAAGAAAAUAAAUAAAAAAAAAAGUAAAAAACAUAAAAAAAGAAACAGACUCUGAUCUCGGAAAGGCGUGGUACCAACAUAACUUAGUAUUAUAGUUUUAUUAUUAAACUAGGAAAUAGAUCAGACAAGACAUCCACACACAAAUAUACAUAUAUUACAUAUAAGAAUAUAUAUGUUAAAUAUUAAUGCAAUGAUUACAAUUUACAUUGUUAUAAAUGAUCGUGUAUAAAGUUAUCUAAGUGAUUUCUAAGUUUUAAACGAAAUGGAAGUUUAAUAGAGAGGUAUGCCAUUAUGAUUUCUUAAGUCUCCUUGGUUACAUUAUCAUUAUUAGAAUUUUUUGAUUAUCAAAAGCAAGCAAAGUCAAGAAUAACAUGGUAAAACGUUACACACCUUUCCUUAAACUUUUUGUUGUAGAACUGUUUUCUCUUUUUUAGCUAUAUUACGACAAACGCAAGAGUUUUCGCUGCAUAGCUUUUUAAUUCUCAAUGAUCAGAUGAAAGAAAAAAAACAAAAUGAGACAUUAGUCGUUGUUUUUUUUUACGUAUUUUUAAAGGGCAACCUUUUAAAUGUACUCACAGUUGCGCAAACCCACUCACUCUUAGGCAGCGACACUUAGAUUAGAGGGAUGUGUUUGUAUUUAUUUUAAUCACUUUCUUUCUCGUACUGUAAGAUCUUUUUUCUAUAGUUCUUAUGUGAAUGACUUUCUUACUAAGCGUAUUUCGUUUGUUUUUAUCUUUCUACUACAAUCGUGAAGCGAUACGUUUGAUUACACCGAUUGCACACAUUUGAUACGGACAAUAUCCAUCAGAAAGUCGAAACAAAUGACAGAGAUUUUUCUUUGCAAUCCAAUCUUACAAUUUUCCGACUGGAUGAUGUUGAAGUUCGAGUAUACGCACCGGUUACUUGAACUUAAUUCUCCAUUUUUAAGAAAAACGACAAUUUAACAGCAUGAUUUCAUUGCAGCUCGUUAAAUUUGAGCAUACUUUUAUGGGAAUCUUGCUUGAUAUUUGUUUCGUACUUAAUAUCAUUUUGAUCGACGAUUAUUUGAGAGUAGAGGGUCAUUAUUCUGCGAUUAAUUUUAAUUAGUCACAUCUCUCGCAGAAACUAUGCAUGUACAUCCAUAGAAAACGUUUAACGUAUUCUUUAAUCUGAUCAAUUGUAUGUUACAAAACAGGACUUGUCUAUAAGGCAGUGAAUAUUAAGAUAUACAGAAACGAUUCAUGUAUGUUUUAAGAAAAUAUUAAUAAUACUUAUUGUAUUCUUACUUUAAUUAACUUUUAUGCAACAAGUGGCAAUGUAUUUUGAUCUCUCUUUUAGUCAGAAAUAAUGUCGCUUUUUAUUUUGGGUGAGAAUUGAAUUUGCUAAGUGACUGACUGAAUAACGAAGGAACUUAUAUUUAAAUGAUAAUGUACAUGGCUUUCGUUCGAUAACUGGCAGCUUUCACAAUUUUUACUUAUUGUUACCUUUCUUUUUUUUUUGUAAUAAUUGAUCAUAAGCGUUGUUUUUACAUAUUAUUAUCUAUACAUUGUAAUUUUGAAAAAUUCUGUGUAUAUUAAAGUGGAAUUGAAACCGUCGAGAUGUUCUCAUGUGACGUUGUUUAUAAAUUAAGUUAUUAUAUUUUUUUUAAAUAGUGAUCUUCUUCAACCAUUGGGAAAGGAGGGAAAAAUUUUUCAAUAAUGUACAUCGGAGAUUGUUGUAAUAGACGUUACUUUAUUUAAUUAUUCGGUAAUGAACGUCCAUCUCGAGGUUUUAAAUCGACUUGUAAUAAGGCGUUAUUAUUGAGAAAACAACAUAUUACGCAAUAUCUUUGAAACAUACUCAAAUCUUAUUUCAGUUACGCAAAGUUUUAUUUAAAAAAAAUUUUUGAAGGAGUAUGAAAUUGAAAAAAGGAGCACCGACACUAAUAUUAUUAACAUUAACGAAUAAUGAUUUUAAAGUAAGCGAAUUACAUUUAUAAGGAAAGAUUAUGAAAAUAUAUAUUUAUCUAUGUCUUCUGUGAAGAUAGAAAAUAGCACUCUCUCACUCUAUAUUGAUGAUAUCAGAAGAAAAUUGAAAUCCAAUAAAGAUACAAAUGCAGAAGUAGAUUAGGAGAAAAAAGAAGAAUUCGCACUGUACACAAAUACUAUGAUACGAUCAAUGAUGAACCGAAAUUUGUUAAAUAUCUUUGUACAUAUUUACAUAAACAUCAUCAAACGAAAAGUUCCAGUGACUACGUUUGUGUACUGUAUGAAGUAUUGCGAGAACAAAAAUUAUUUUACUUGUAAAUCGUAAAUUUGGUUCUAACUAUGAAAAUAAAACGAAAUAUUUUGUUUGUAUUUGCAGAGAUUUAUCUACCAGGAAAAUAAUUAUAAAAUAAAAAAAAAUUUUAUUUGUCUCGAUGUUGCGAUAUAUCUGCAAUAUAGUUUUAUAAUGACAAUUGGAACUUGGAAGACUUUCACAAAAACAAUUAUCUUUAUAAAAGCAUUGACUGCAAUUUUAACAGUGUAUUAUGUACAGAAGUUGUUGAAUUAUGUGAACAAAAUUAAUAACUCGCCUGUUUGAAAUUUAUAUUUCUUCAUAUCCUGGAACUGCCAUAUCAAAGAAUUGAGCUUGAUUAUUAAAAUGAUUAAAUGAAAUAUUGAUCAGGAAGAAUGGGAUCUACCUGUAUAUUACCAUAAAUAAAAUGAAACGAGGAUCAAAGUAGUUGAUUUAACAAGUAAAUAAAGAACGAAAUGAUAUAUCAUUAAAUUAGAGGUUUAAAAAUAUAAUAGAAUUCAGUAUAUGUACAGUAUUUGAAAAACAUGUUUAUAAUUUGUAUGGAAAAUAAAUAAUUGAUA